CACUCUGUAGACCAGGCUGUCCUUGAACUCAGAAAUCUGCCUGCCUCUGCCUCCCAAGUGCUGGGAUUAAAGGGGUGCACCACCACUGCCUGGCUAUCGUUUUCUUUUUGUGCGUUCCCGGGUUUUGUUUUUUGUUUGUUUUUGAACCAGGGUAUAUCAUUUAGCUGAGAUUGCCCUCAACAUUGUUGUGUAGUUAAGGCUAGCCCUGAACCGUUGAUCCUUCUGGCGCAGCCUCCCAAGACUCGGGUUACUGUGGCACUAUGCCAGGUUUGAACUUCAAAUCUGAUAGGCUGAACUAGAAUCUUAACAUCACUGUCUUACAAGUCACCAACUUGACUUUAACUUCUAGAUGGAACCGAAUUUAUUAAAAGAUUUUAAAGUUUUAAUUCCAGGAAGUUAUUUCAGGCAAGGCAAACGAACGUCUAUAAUUAAAGACUGAACUACUUCCAAGAAAGAGGCUGGAAAAUGUUCCAUGCUGGCAGGUGGUGAUGUUGUUUCCCCAUUGGCUGGGGUCUGAAUCCACAACCUUCUAAGACUGGCUAGUUUCAAAAGAAUCAUCCGGUUUGGUCAUUGAAUAAGAAGAAAUGGGAAUAUGAAAUUCCAGCAAUAAGAAAUAAAUGAAGAUUGGAGCUGAAGCCCAUCAAGCUCAGGAUCCAAAUUCAGUCACCCAUACCAAAGUUCCACGUCCAAAGAGGAACUAAGUUGUUGCCCAGCCUUUGAGGAAAUCAAAAGAGAAAGAUAACUUAUGGUCUGGAUUUCACCUGGAGGCGGAUCAAAGUUCACUUCAAUUGAGAUGGAUGUGGUCUAAUCUCCACUGAGUCAAAGAAUGGCCGCUAGCUCUGUGCCUCCCACGGAAGAUGGACAGGGUUUCUUGGGCAUUGAUGAUCUGCACUUUUCACUGCAAGCCGAGCAGGAGGACACUCAGAAGAAAACCUUCACCUGCUGGAUAAACUCACAGUUGGCAAAGCACACACCUCCCUCAGUUGUAUCUGACUUAUUCGCAGACAUUAAGAAGGGGCAUGUCCUCCUGGAUCUGUUAGAAGUCCUCUCAGGACAGCAGUUGCCUCGGGAUAAAGGAUCUAAUACAUUCCAGUGUAGAAUCAACAUAGAGCAUGCCCUGACAUUCCUGAAAAACAGAUCCAUCAAGCUAAUAAAUAUCCAUGUUGCUGACAUUGUAGAAGGAAACCCAUCCAUUAUCCUUGGCCUGAUUUGGACCAUCAUUCUGCACUUUCAUAUUGAGAAGCUUGCUCAGACUCUGUCCUGCGAUUACAAUCAACCUCCACCGGAGGUUGUGAGUGUGGCUGACUCAUCUCCUACCUCAACUCCUUCCACUAAGAAGUGCUCCAAAGCUCAAGCUCAAGCAAGAUGGCAGUGGUCGGCCAAGAAGGCCCUUCUUCAGUGGGCUCAGGAGCAGUGUGCCGGGUCUGAGUCUGUCAGUGUGACAGAUUUUAAGUCAAGCUGGAGAAAUGGGAUGGCUUUUUUGGCUGUCAUUCAUGCCUUGCGACCAGACCUGAUUGACAUGGACAGCAUGAGGCACAGAUCCAACAAAGACAAUCUGAAAGAAGCCUUCAGGAUUGCAGAACAUGAGCUAAAGAUCCCCAAGUUGCUGGAACCGGAAGAUGUAGACGUUGUGAAUCCGGAUGAAAAGUCCAUCAUGACUUACGUGGCACAGUUCCUGAAGUAUUCGAAGGAUGCGCCCGGCCCUGGAGGCACAGCACAGGCCAAGGUGAGGGAUGCUAUGGCCUGGCUCACUCUUCAAGAGAAGAGAUUACAGAAGAUGCUGAAGGAUUCAGCAAGUGAGACCUACUGUAACAAGUAUCAUAGUCUGCUAUCAUUUAUGGAGUCACUGAAUGAAGAAAAGGAAUCCUUUGUGGAUGUCCUGUCACUGAAAGGGAGGACGAGAGAGCUGAAUGAAGACGAGUUACAGCUGAGACAAGGCUGGACCAACCUCAUGCACCAGGUUGCUGCGUGGAAAUCCCAGCUGGAUGACGCCUUGCCUUCACCGCUCAAAGAGACGGAAGCGUGGCUGAAGGACGUAGAGGGUCUUGUGGAAGAAGGGGUGCCGACCUCCCAGAACUACUCUGAAGCCAGGACUCAGAUCCAAGGGAAAAUGUCUUUAUUCAAGAGUCUAAUGGGCAGCUUUGACUAUCAUUUGAAUGUUCCUUUGGCCUUUGAAACCAGAGCCGAGAAGAGCCUGCCAGCUGUGCCUCCUGCUAAACUGGAGGAGAUGACAAGACGAAUCAACAACAUUUCGGGUAAAAACUUCAUCCCACUUCUGGAGUUUCAUGACUCUAAGUGCUCAGUUCUCGCUUUGCUAGAUGAAGCGAAGGUCAAGUUGGAUGCUUGGAACGUCACUUACGGAAGCAAGGAGUCUGUGGAAAUUCUGCUGGAAGAUUGGCAUAAAUUUACUGGAGAGGAAAAGUUCCUAGCUCAACUUGAUACUUCUUUUCAAAAAUGCAAAGAAAUGUAUAAGAACUUGGCCAGAGAAUGUGAGAGUAUUAAAGAGGAGUAUGCGAUGCUGGAAAAGAAUGUUCACUUGUGCAGACAGCACAUCCAUAACACAAAGGCCACCCUUCAAAGAGUACUGGCGGCUUGGGCAACUUUUGAGGACGAUCUCUCCCUACUAAAGGCUUCUUUUGAGGUGAUGAAGAAGGAACAAAUUAAAGAGGUUCCUGUUGAGACGCUCUCGCAGUGGAACGCAAAGCACGCUUCUCUGAAUGAGGUGGGGAGUUUCCUGAUUGAAGUCUGCAGUAGAGAAGUUUCAUCGUCUGUUUUUAAAGAACUGAGAAGGCUGAAUAAAAGAUGGAGAAAGUUCAUCACAAAAACUCCACUCGACCUCAAACUGCCACUCGAGAAAACUGAGGGCCAGCCCACUGGGGACAGUUCUGGAGUGAGUCUGUCUAAGGAGUCAGCUAUGUCAGCAGAGCCUGGUGGGAGCCAUGGUGAGGACAUAAAGGCUGCAGAGAAGCAGGAAGUAGAAGAUGAAGAAUCAGCCGGACAAUUGAAAGUGUCUAAAGUCUCAGAAGAGGUCGAAAGACUCAUCAAACAGGUGAAAAUCUGGGAGUCAGAAACCAAAUCCAUCCUGGAUCUCCUUCGACAUCAAGAUGAGGAUGGAUCCUCAGAGGACACCUUGCAGCAUCUUAUUGCUAAAGGCUCUAUGUAUGAGGAACUUCUGGCCAGAACCGAAGAUACGUUACAGAUGGAUGUUCAAAGUGCUUCGAACAUGGAGUCCUUCCAAAAUGUCCUCAGAGCUGACCUUCAGGCAAAGAUCCAAGAAGCUAAGGAAGGAGUUCAGAUCAUCAUGGUAGAAUUGUCUGCAGUGUUGAAGAACUUAAGUGAUGAACCCCUGGAGCCAGACAUGAGGCUAAAGGUGGAGGAGGCUCAGAAGGAGCUGGAGUCCUCCAUCUCGAGAGCUGAGCAGUUACUUGGGCAACGAGAGCGCCCUGGUGGACUCAUCUCCAAGUACAAGGAAGCACUGGACAUUUCUAAUACCAGUAGUCUGGUCAAGUAUCUGCAAGCUGUUGAAGAACUGAAGCAAACUGUCCCAGAUGGUGUGAAGCUGCAGCUGGAAGAACAGAGUCGAGACGCGAGCGCCAAGUGGGAGCCACUCGGUCAGGAAAUUUCUUUGUAUCUCCAACAACUAAGAAUAGCCAUUGAAGAAGAAAAGCUUAAAGACAAUAUUGCAAGACUUGAAAAGCAAAUAAAUAAAGAAAAAAAGCUUAUCCGUAGAGGGCGGACCAGGGACCUCCGCAAGGAACAUGAGGUUUGCUUUUCUCCAGAAAGUAUCAAGUGCCAGCUAGAAGAGCAUGUGGGUGUUUUGAGGGUGCUGUGCAAAGAGCUGACAUCACCAGAGGACCAACAAGAACUGAAGAGAGCACUCAGAGAUUACGAACAAAAGAUAGAGAGACUUCUGAAAUGCUCUUCUGAGGUUCAUACGACCCUGCAGUCCCCCCAGGGAGGUGCACCGAAGGAGAGGGAUGCCUUGAUCACAACUGAGAACGGCAGAAGGGAUGCCCAUGGCGAGCCACCACUUGAGAUACCAGAUAACCAGCUGUCAGCUGAAAAGGUGAUGGAACCCACUAAAAAUUUUAGCCAGACAUCAGAAUUAAAGCCUCAGCAAGAAGAAAGCAUUAUGGAGAAGGGAGAAGAGGAUUGCAGUGCCUCUCUAAAUGACUUACGGGACAGGUAUGACACACAGAGGGAGCUUCUUGAGCAACACCUACAAGACAGCCAAUCCAGGGUCUCGUCUGACUUUCCAGCUGAGAAGGAGCGGAGCAGCGCCUGCCUGCAGGGUAAACUGGCGGAACUGCAGGUUUUACAGGCUGACACUGAUGUUCACUGGGAUGAGUUUGAAAUCACUUGGCUGAAUUUCAAAAGACUGGUGAGCGACGCGGAGAAGCUUGUACUAGACCAAGAGAGAGACUUAUUGAAGGGGAAUGAACAGAUUCUUCACGUGCUUCUUAACACCAGAGUGAAGUCACUGGAGAUGGCGCUACAGGUAGUGCUGCCUCUGGAGAAGGAGUGCUCUCCCCUGUGUGCCUCUGACCUGCCCUUCUGCACAGUGGCUGUCCAGGACCUGCAUCCUCUCGAGAUUGAUAGUGUCUAUCAGAACUUGCAGGAUAUCCGAGACUCCAUCGCAAAGCAGAUCAGAAUCUGUACCAGUUUGGAAGAGCCGAGUAACUCUGCACUGAGGGAGUUACACACACUAGAUAAGUGUGCGAUCCAGGACAUUGUACUGAAGUGCAGACUCCAGUUGGAGACCAUGAACCAGAAGGUAGAGAUGAGGGAGGAUGCCCUGGAUGCCCUGGAAGGGUUUCUGGCAUCUCUGAGAGCAGCUAAGCUCUCUGCUGAGCUCCCCGCAGACUCUCCUACCCCUAAAGCACCAGAAGAUGCCCCGGCAGUGAGAAGUGCUGAGGAAGACCUUCUCCUGAUGAAAGAGAAGGCCGGGCCUUUGGAUGAACGCUUGAGGACACUUGGCAUAAACAUUAAGGAAGUUGAGGAAGAGGAGAACACCACCUGCGAGAGACUUGUUGGUGCGUUGUCAGUAAACUUAGCAGCCAUGGGUGGCCAGAGUAAAGAGGAAGGACCUCCUGAGGACAAGAAGUUACUCGAAGCUUGUAGUUCCAAAACUCACGAGCUCUUUAAAAACAUUCAAGACAUCCAGAAUCAGAUCAGUAAAAUUGGUCUUAAGGAUCCCACCGCUCCAGCUGUGAAGCAAAGGAAAAAGUCAUUACUCAGGCUGGAUAAGGACCUAGAUGGAUUUGAAGAAGAAAAGGUGUGCAUUCAAAAAAUAGCUAGCUCUCUCCCACAAUUCCAGGAUGGCGGUGAGAAAGUCGUGAUUCAACAGUGUGAAGACACAGCAGCCUUGUGGGAGAGUACAAAAGCUUCUAUCACAGAGAGCCUUGAACAGUGUGAACGUGUUCUGGAGCUGCUAAGACAAUAUCAGAAUAUUAAAAACAACUUGACAGCUUUGAUUCAGAAGGAAGAGGGCAUCAUCUCCCAGCAAGCUUCCUACAUGGGAAAGGACAACCUGAAGAAAAAGAUAGCUGAGAUUGAAACUGUCAAAGAAGAAUUCAGCAACCAUUUAGAAGUUGUAGACAAGAUAAAUCAGAUUUGUAAAAACCUACAAUAUCAUCUAAACAAAAUGAAAAACUUUGAAGACCCCCCUUUUGAAAAAGAGGCAAAUGCUAUUGUGGAUAGAUGGCUUGAUAUAAACGAGAAGACAGAAGAAUACGGUGAAAACCUUGGCCGAGCGCUGGCCUUGUGGGACAAACUUUUUAACAUAAAAAACAGCAUUGAUGAGUGGACUGAAAAGAUCCUUGGGAAAGCAGAAUCCCAUGAGCUGACCGAGGAAGACAGAGAAAGGCUAAAGGAGGAGUUAAAAGUCCAGGAAGAGCAAACUGCAGAAUUUUCUAGAAGAGUGGCUGACAUACAGUUGCUGCUUCAGAGUAAUGAGAAACCACUUGAACUGCAGGUCAUGGAGUCCUCUGUCCUGAACAAGGUGAAAGAUGUAAAAAUACACGUUACAGGGGAAUCCAAUAGCUAUGUGCCCAGUGGAAGCACAGCUGAGCUGAGAGAGGAUCUGGACCAGGCCAAGACCCAGAUGGGGAUGACUGAGUCCCUCCUGAAUGCCUUGUCUCCUUCCGACAGCCUGGAGAUCUUCACGAAGCUUGAGGAAAUCCAGCAGCAGAUCUUUCAGCAGAAGCACAGUAUGACGGUCCUGGAAAAUCAAAUAGGGUGCCUGACUCCCGAGCUCUCCGAACUGAAAAGACAAUAUGCAAGUGUCAGCAAUUUAUUUAAUACCAAAAAGAAUGCUCUGCAGGAUCACUUUGCCACGUUCUUGAAUGAGCAGUGUAAGAACUUUAAUGACUGGUUCAGCAACGUCAAAGCGAAUCUUAAGGAGUGUUUUGAUCCACCAGAAACAAAACUGAGCAUGGAACAAAAGCUGCAAAAACUUUCUGAUUUCUUGACUCUUGGAGGAGGAAAUAGUAAAAUGCAGCAGGUGGAGACCAUUCUACAGCACGUGAAGAUGCUCUUACCCAAAGCUCAUGUGAAAGAGCUUGACAGCUGGCUCAGGAGUCAAGAACUGGAAUUAGAAAACAUGGAAUCCAUUUGCCAGGCCCGAGCAGGGGAACUGAGUAACUCCUUUCAGCAGCUACUGAGAUUGGAAGAUGACUGCAGAAGUCUGAGUAAGUGGUUGACUAAUCAAGAAGAGAAUUGGAAAGAAAUGGAAGCCUCAGGAGAGAGAACGGAUCUGUUCUCCCAGGUGUUAUCGAGGAAGAGGGAGCAGUUUGAGACUGUGGCCCAGCUGAGUGACUCUCUGAAGGAGCAUGGACUCACCGAGGAAGACGAGACAAUCAAAGAAGCCGCACAUCUGAUUGAUAGAUACCAGGCUUUAUUGAGACAAUUACAUGAAAUUGAGGAAGAGGAUAAGUUACCAGCUGCCGAAGACCAGAGCUUUAAUGAUCUUGCCCAUGAUGUAAUUCACUGGAUAAAAGAGAUUAAAGAGUCCCUUAUGGCUUUGAAUUCAUCAGAAGGCAAAAUGCCACUCGAAGAAAGAAUCCAAAAAAUAAAGGAAAUCAUUGCCCUGAAGCCUGAAGGGGAUGCUAAAAUCCAGAUGGUAAUGAGACAAGCGGACCACUGUGAGGCCCCGCUGACUCAGGAGACCCUUACGGACCUCAGCAACCAGUGGGACAACACGCUCCACCUAGCCAACACGUACCUAAGCCAUCAAGAAAAGCUUGUACUAGAAGGAGAAAAGUAUUUGCAGAGUAAGGAGGACCUGAGGCUGAUGCUCACAGAACUGAAGAAGCAGCAGGAAGCAGGCUUUGCUCUACAGCCUGGGUUGCCAGAGAAGCAAACCCAGUUAAAAAUUUAUAAGAAAUUCCUCCAGAAAGCCCAGGAUUUGACAUCCUUGCUAGAGGAGCUAAAAUCUCAAGGCAAUUACCUUUUGGAGUGCACUAAAAAUCCUAGCUUCAGCGAGGAGCCGUGGCUGGAAGUAAAGCACCUGCACCAGAGCCUUCUCCAGCAGCUCCAGGAUUCUGUGCAAAAGUUAGAGAGUCAUGUUCAAGAACACAGUUCAUACCAGGUUUGUCUCACAGACCUAAACACCACACUGGAUGAUAUCUCCAAGGACUAUUUCAGUCUUUGUGAUGGAUCUAAGGACCAAAUAAUGGUUAAGGAGAGAAUGCAGAAGUUACAGGAACUGGAGAGCAGGCUCCACUUCCAAGGCGCUGCAUUAAAGGAGGCCUCUGCCUUAGCAGAGUCCAUCAAGCAGAAUACGUCUUCAGUGGGACAGAAGAUGAUUAAAGAUGACAUCGAAUCACUUAAGGAUAAACAAAAGGAUUUGGAAGACAGAAUUGAAUCUGCCAAGCAGGAGACUGAAAACAAUCUCAACAGCAUCCUUAAAUCCGAAAGCUCGACAGAAAAACAUGUAAAGUUUUCUCUGCCGGGUGAAGAGAUGCCGGCCACUUCUGAGGUGCCCAAGCCUACUCAGGAGUCGGCAGUAGUGGGCGAGUCAGGGGGAGACCAGGAAACAAACACAAACUCAGCUGUGGAAAUGAUUUUGUCAAAACAACUUUCUCUCAAUGUUCAAGAAAGCAUGCAAAACGCCCAAGAUGAGCGGGAAGUCAAUGAGCUGCAGAAUCAACCUUUAGAAUUGGACAUUAUGUUAAGAAAUGAACAAUUAAAAAGGAUGGAGGAAUUAUAUACCCACUUGGAAGCAAGAAAAGCAGCCACUGAACUUCUGAAACAGUCGCAGCCUCUCAACCAAGCAGAAGAGCAAGCCUCAGGUCUGCCCACUGACGGAUCUUCAGUGUGCCACUUGGGCAGGCUGCAGCAGGAGCUUCUCACCUUGAAGGAAAUUAAAGAAAGGCAGUAUGACCUCCUUAACGGUUUUCAAGACCAGCUGCUUGUGGCCGAAGCCUCACUGAACACCUUCUCGACAGAAGUGGAAAACCUCAAAGUAGGCUCGCUAGACAGUGCAGCCUAUCUGGGGAAAAUCAAGAAGUUCCUGGAAUCAGUGGAAAAACAGAAAGACUCACUAAGCAAGCUUCACAUAGAGUGGGCACAUUUAUCCAGCCUCCUGUCGGCCGCAGAUCAGAAGCUGGUGGAGAGCCAAAUGAAGCAACUUGAACAUGGGUGGGAACUUGUGGAGCGGUUGGCUCACAGGAAGUGUUUCCAGCAAGCCACAGAACACAGCGAACUCACCUGCCUCCUGAAGAAGGCCCAGGACCUCAAGGUUUCUCUGCAUGAGCAGCAACAGCGCCUGAUGCCAAGUCUGAACCGUCCAGAACAACAGAUGGGGAUGAGGGACAUGGUCACUCCAGCUGCUGAGCUCCAGGCAAUCAAGUAUGAGUUUUCGGAUUUAAAGCGGCAAGCUGAGCUUCGCAUAAAGAGGCUUUGGGGAGAAAAGGAUAAGAAAACUCUGGAAGAUGCAAUAAAUAAUUUGAGUAAGCAACUGGAUGCAUUGGAGCCUCUAAACCGAGAGGUAGAAAAUCGGGUUAAAAAGUGUGACUUACAGAACAGGAUAAAGGAGAUUCUGUCCUGGGUCAAGAACACGCUGGCGGAGCUCAUGAUUCCCAUCGCCCUUCUCCCUGACAACAUCCUUUCUCAGAUCAGAAGGUGCAAGCUGAUUCACGAUGACAUUCUGGCUAAGCAGCAGGCUGUGGAGUUGCUGGUGGAAGAGGUCAGAGGCAUCAUCCCUAGCCUUGCAGAAUGUGAGAGUGAUGGUUUAAAUACUCCCCUGGAGGAUUUACAGAACCAACACCAAGCACUGCUUUUGAGAUCAACUGAGAGGUCCCAGCAACUAGAACUGCAGUUGGAAGAAAGAAGCCAAUUGUUUGCAAUUAUAAGAAAGGCUCAGCUCACGCUUGAAGAAAGUGAAACACUGAUGUCUCCCACGAGGGAGAGAGCCUCCACAGAAGCCGAGCUGGAGCGUCGCCAUGCUGUCUUGAAGGCAUCCCAAGAGCAGCUGCAAGACAUGGAGAGCGCAAUCUCAGCACAUCUUCAGGAACUUACAAAUGCCUACAAGGAUGCAAACAUGUUUGAGAAAUUGUUUCUGGAUGAUCAGUUAAAAUAUCUCAAAACAAGGACCAACAGAAUGCAGAGAUCCCUUCAGAAUAACCGUGAUGAACUCAAGCACAAGAUCAAGUCUUACAGAGAAUUCCAUGAAAAAGCAGCAGUGCUUGAGAAAGAGGUUGAGAGCAUCCAGAACGGUGGACUUCUCCCGCUCCAUCAAGAGCUGAAGCAGGAUGCUAAAGAGCAGCUCAGUAAUCUUAGAGACAAGCUGGCUGCUAUUCGAGGCAGUAUCUCACAAGUGUUGACAUCUGAAGAAGUGUUUGACUCUAUAGGGCUAAGCUGGGACGGUUCACUGCUUGAACGGUUACAGACCCAAGUGCUUGAAAGGGAGAGGGAAGUGGAAGAAAAAAUCAAGCAGCUGGACACAUUUUUAAUAGCAAGGGACAGAUACCAAGCAUCCCUAAGUAAGAUAAGGGCUGUGGAUUUGCAAAUUAAGAAAGAGGCUGAAUCACUGCUGAGAGCCUCCAGUAUGUCACCAGAAAGCACCCUGCUCAAUGCACACACUUUGAUUCGGAAAAUUGAAAAAUCCAAACGCUGGCAUGGUGAGAUAAUCAGGAAAUUAAGCAAAAACGAGGCUUUUGAUGACUCGUUCAAAGAGAGCGAGAUGCGGCAGCUAGAGCUAAAUGCACAAGAGAAUUCUAGGCUUCAAGAGGAUCUCCAGAGCAUGCUGCUAGAACUACAACCAAAAGAAAUGCGUGAAAAGGAGUUCCAGGAGAAGCUAGAAAAUGCCCUGCGUGUUUUAAAGCAAAUAAAGUCUCGGUUACAGCAGCCUUUAUGUGUAAAGUUGGGGGUUCAACAUAUUCAACAUGAGAAGGAGAUUUGGGAAGCAUUUGGCGAGCAAGUUGAGGCAGAGAUGUGUGGUCUUAGAGCCGUGAGGGUUACUGGGGAGCAAGGAGAAGAAAACGCUCCUGGAACCAGUGGCAUGGAGGCAAAAUUACAGGACAUUGAAGGUCUUCACAAGGAGCUUAGUGAAAGCAUUGAUCUACACACAGAUGUCCUGACCAGUGCCUAUGAAAGUGCUACCUGCUAUGACGACACAGUCGCCGGGGCGGCAAGGAUUGUCACAUCCCUGGAAGCCAUGCUUCUAUCACACAGAGUAGACCUUCACAAUCCCAAAGAGUCACUGGAGCUGGCGCGCUUUAAACAAGAGGAAUUGCAAUCAGUAGUAGCUGAUUUACAGAGCCUCACCGAGACAUUGGGGGCUAUCUCCAGCCCCGAGGCCAAAGAGCAACUUCAUUGCACUUUACAAGCACUAGCAGCUAAGAAUUCCGCCUUGAAGGCUGGGCUGGAAGCCCAGGAGGCCGAGGACGACAGGUGCCUGGAGAAUUACAAAUGCUAUAGAAAAAUGAAAGAAGAAAUUUGCUCUCGGCUCAGGAGAAUGGAGACAGAUCUCAGACAGUCCAUAUCCCCGUUGCCCAGGUCUUACAAAGAAGCCUUAGCGCGCCUGGAGCAGAGCAAGGCGCUAACAUCAAAUCUCCUGUCGACCAAAGAAGACUUAGUGAAACUCCGUCAGCUCCUCAGUCACCUGAGACGCAGGUGCACAGAAAAUGAUGUCACGUGUGUGCUUGGAGUGGCCUCUGUUCUGUGGGAGAAGUGGCUGAGUUUGCUGGAAGCCGCCAGAGAGUGGCAUCAGUGGAGUGGAGAGCUGAAGAGAGAGUGGAAGUUCAUCAUUGAGGAGAUUGAGCGAGAAGCAAUAAUUUUAGAGAAUCUUCAGGAGGACCUUCCAGAAAUUUCCAAAACAAAGGACGCAGCUCCCACAGAGGAACUCUGUCAGCUGUUGGAUUCUCUACGCCAGCAUGAGGAGAUCGUGGAGAAGCAGCAGCAGCUGCUGGCCCUGCUUCUACAGCGUGUAAGGAUUGUCCAGAACAUUCCUGAAGGCACUGAGACUGGGGAAACCAUCCCGGCACUUCAGGAGAUUAAGUCUAUGCAAGAACGGUGCGACAGGCUUCUUCAGGCAGUUCAAAAGAAUAAGGACCCCAUCCAGGUGGAACUCCAGGCACGGCAUUCUUUCAUAAAGGAGAUAAAAGAUGUGAAGUGUUUAUUUGAGCAGAUCUCAACUUCUUUCCCAAACUUGGCAUGGGAAGGCCAUCCAGGAAGGGCAGAACAGUUUGAGGAGCUGCGGAGCAUUCUUCAGAAAGGCAAGCUGACUUUCCAGAGCAUUAUGGAAAAACUGCGAAUCAAGUAUUCCGAGAUGUACAGCAUAGUCCCUGCAGAGAUCGAAUCCCAGGUGGAAGAAUGCAAGAGUGCCCUAGAAGAUGCCGAGGAGAAGAUGAGCAGUGAAGUCUCAAAGAGUUCACCUUCAAGUGUCAUGAGGAAGAAAAUAGAGAGGAUUAACAACGGGCUUCAUUGCAUUGAAAAAAUGCUGCAACAGAAAAGCAGAAACAUUGAGGAAGCUCACGAAAUCCAAAAGAAAAUAUGGGAUGAGCUGGACCUCUGGCAUGCCAAGCUGAGUGAGCUGGACUCUGAAGUUCAGGACUUCGUUGAGCAGGACCCAGGACAGGCUCAGGAAUGGAUGGAUAACUUGAUGGCUCCCUUCCAGCAACAUCAACAAGUAUCCCAGAGAGCAGAAUCCAGAACCUCGCAGCUUAACAAGGCCACAAUCAAGAUGGAAGAAUACAGUGAUCUUCUGAAAAGUACAGAGGCCUGGAUAGAAAAGACCAGUCAUUUGCUGGCCAAUCCUGCCUGCUAUGACUCUUCAAGGACCCUGAGCCACCGGGCCAGCACCCUCCAGAUGGCUCUGGAAGAUUCUGAGCAGAAACACAGCCUUCUACAUUCCAUUUUCACUGAUCUAGAAGAUCUGUCAAUCAUUUUUGAAACGGAUGACUUAAUCCAGACCAUCCACGAGUUAAGUGACCAGGUGGCAGCUUUGCAGCAACAAAUAGUGGAGGCCCUCCCACACGUCCAGCAGGUGGCAGAUGAUGUGGUUGCGAUCGAGUCUGAAGUUAAAUCAAUGGAGAAAAAGGUUGCAAAGAUCAAAGCUAUUCUGUUAUCCAAAGAAAUAUUUGAUUUUCCACCUGAAGAACAUCUCAAGCAUGGGGAGGUCAUACUUGAAAACAUCCAUCCCAUGAAAAAAACCAUUGCGGAAAUAAUGACUUACCAAGUGGAACUGAGGCUGCCCCAGACUGGAACCAAACCCCUGCCUGUGUUUCAGAGGACAAGCCAGCUUUUACAAGAUGUGAAACUCUUGGAAAAUGUGACUCAGGAACAAAACGAGUUACUGAAGGUUGUCAUAAAGCAGACCGCGGAAUGUGAUGAAGAAAUAGACAGUCUGAAGCAGGUCUUAGCUAACUACUCAGCUGAGUUCCCCCCUGAACACGUGUCGCAGGACCAAGUGGCCGACCUGCCGUCAUUGCAGGGAGAGAUCGAAGGGUUGGAAAAGCAGAUUCUGAAUCUAAACCAGAAAAAGGAGGAUCUGUUAGUGGACUUGAAGACUGCUGUACUGAACCUUCAUGAGCACCUGAAGCAAGAACAGCAAGAAGUAGGAGAUAAGCCCUCUGCAGGCACCUCAGAGUGUACAGUGGCGGAGAGGGAUGCUUCAGAGAGGAAGCUGAACAGAACAAACUCCAUGUCUUUCCUGCCAGUGGUCAAGGAGGAGGCGGAAGAAAGCUCCGUGAAGAGUGAAGAUGGACACAGGAGAACAGAGCCACCAUCUGCAUCCUGGUCUCUUCUGGGGAAGCACAGCAAGGAUCUGGAGGGCGAUGGGGCGUCCUCCUCCUCAGCCACCAUUGUGCAGGACACUGAUGGGAGAAUUAGCACCUGUGACAGUUCCAUGGUGCACAUCAUCGCACCAGACACAGGAAGCACUGAGCGAGGCCCAGAACCAUCCCCGAGGCUCAGCCAAACCGAAGAGGGUGCCACACCCCCCAUUGAGGCUGCACUCUUGGACUUUCCUCGAGAACAAGGAUCUUCUGAGGCCGCAGUGGAGAGGAGUAGGCCUCAGCCUGCAGACGUCCUCAGUGUCUGCAAGACCCAGGUGGCCAAGCUGGAGCAGUGGCUGCUACAAGCCAACGUGGCGUUCGAGCCGGAAACCGUAGAUGCAGACAUGCAGCAGGUGGUGGAAGAGGAGCUGGCUGGGUGCCAGGCUAUGCUGACAGAGAUUGAGUACAAGGUCGCCUCUCUGUUAGAGACUUGCAAAGAUCAGGGUCUGGGAGACUGCGGAACCACUCAACACGAGGCCGAAGCCCUUUCCUGGAAACUCAAGACUGUGAAGUGCAACUUGGAAAAGGUCCAGGUGAUGCUUCAGGAGAAGUACAGUGAGGACCAGCAUCCCUCCACUCUUAAGAAACCGUCAGAGCCCCACGCUGCCGACCAGCCAGCUAGCCUGUGUGAGCUUGAAUCCAUCAUAACUGAAAGGCCACAGUUCAGCAGACAGAAGGACAUCCCCCGGCCACAGAUUCUGGAGUUAAAACCAUCAGAGCAGAAAGAUUUAAUCCUGUUCACUGAAUUGAACUUGAGGAAAACAUGGCUGCAAUGCGACCGAGAGGAUGAAGGGGCAAAUCAGCAAUCAGCUUCCAGCAACAAGGUCCCUAGUCCUGGAAAUGCAGCUUCAGAUUCAGCCUUGCCACCUCAGGGCCAGAGUGGUGACAGAUGGCAAUAUCUUCACCAUGAACUAACAUCAAGACCAAAUCCCGCUGUGCCUCAGCUCGUGGAGCCUCAGGUGGCCAUAACUAUGAGUACGUUGCCCAGUGUGAGCAUGUAUAACUUUAGAUGCCCUACAGCUGACGAACUGCAAGCUUAUACCACCCAACUUGAAGAGCUGCGUCAAGACGCAAACACUAUUCAGACGCAGGGAAGUAAGACACAAGAAACGUACAUCAAUUUGGAUAAAAGAUUAUUUGAACUCUUUCUGAGCCUCAGUCGGUGCCUGGGCAGUGUGGAAGAGCUGCUGCAGAGGCCUGGGCUGCUCCGAGAGGAUGUGUCUGCUCAGCAGGUGUUCUUCCAGAAACUGGCUCUUGAGCUGAAGAAACUUUAUUUAGCUCUGGGAGACAAGAAGGAUGAUCUUCUGAGGGCUGUGACUUGGCCUGGCAAGGAUGCCACGUUGCUACCAGAGUGUAUCGAUGCUUUGAAAGCCAGCCUGGAGCGUGCGCAGAGCAGAGCUGCCUGGAAAGGCUCAUCCCUGAAGGCCGGCCUUGACCACAACCACAGCUACCAGAAUGAAGUAAAGCGAUUAUACAACCAACUCGUGCAGAGGAAGACGGCGUUACAGCAGUCUUUGAACGAAAUCAGUGGGCAGAGUGUUGGCAAACAGCUUCAGAAAGCAGAUGUGCACACAGCAGAGCUGCAGAACUCCGAGAGGCAAGUCGCCAAACUAAGAAACGAAGGGGAGAGGCUCCGGUUCCCUCAUGUUUUACUCCAGGAUGUUUACAAGUUAGAGGAUGCUCUUGACAGUAUGUGGGGAAUCCUGAGGGCCAGAUACUUAGAACUCAGCAGCCUCUCCAAGAACCAGCAGGCCUUGCUUCAAGGCAUGGCGGAGCUAGUCAGUAUUGGAAAAGAAAAGCUUGCCACUGACCCUCUACAACAUGCCAAGAGUAAAGCUGCUUUGCAGGCCCAAUUACAAGAUCACAAGGGGUUUUUCCAGAAGCUUGUUGCUGACAUGUUGUUGAUUCAAGCCUAUCCGGCAACAAUGUUUCCACCUUCGUUACAAAAGGGAGAGGGAUUUGGAGCAGAGCAAGUGGCAGAAGUGAGAGCCCUGGAGGAAGAGGCCUGCCUGCGCGGUGCACAGCUUCAGAGCAUGCUGCAGAAAUGGGAAGAAUUUGACAAUAACUGUGUGUCUCUUGAGAAAGACCUGGAAGUUCUCGUCUCUUCGCUGCCCUCUGUGAGUUUGGUGGAAGAGACGGAAGAGAGAUUGCUGGAAAGGAUUUCAUUUUACCAGCAAAUAAAAAGAAACAUUGAUGGAAAGCACGCUCGGCUCUGCCAAACCUUGAAUGAAGGCAGACAGCUGGCAGCAUCUGUGAGCUGUCCUGAGCCAGAGGGCCAGAUCACAAAGCUGGAAGAGCAGUGGCUGUCUCUCAACAAGAGAAUCGACCAGGAGCUCCACCGACUGCAAACCCUUCUCCAGCAUCUUCUCAGUUACAAUAGAGAUUCAGACGCACUAACCCGGUGGCUGGAGUCUGCUCAGCAUACUUUGAAUUACUGGAAAGAACAAUCCCUCAACGUGUCCCAGGACCUGAAUACAAUCAGAAGCAACAUAGACAGAUUUUUUAAAUUUUCCAAGGAAGUCGAUGAGAAGUCCUCCCUGAAGUCCGCAGUCAUGAGUACCGGGAACCAACUUCUCCACCUGAAAGAGGCAGACACGGCCACACUGAGAGCCUCUUUAGCACAGUUUGAACAGAAGUGGACAGUGCUCAUAACUCAGCUUCCAGACAUUCAAGAGAAACUUCACCAGCUUCAGAUGGAGAAAUUGCCGUCCCGAGAAGCAAUCUCUGAGAUGAUCACCUGGAUGAACAUCGUGGAGCCUCAGGUGGCGGGUGAGGAUGCUGAGCUCCCGCGGAGUUCUGCAUCUCAGGUGAAACAUCUUCUGCAGAAGCUCAAGGACUUCAGAAUGGAAAUGGACUACAAGCAGUGGAUAGUCGACUUUGUUAAUCAGUCACUGCUUCAGCUAAGCACCUGUGACGUAGAAAGCAAGCGCUAUGAAAGGACGGAGUUUGCGGAGCAUCUGGGGGAGAUGAACCGCCAGUGGCAGCGAGUGCACGGAACCCUGAAUAGAAAGAUACAAUAUUUGGAACAGCUUUUGGAAAGUGUCACUGAGAAUGAAAACAAAAUACAGAAUUUGAACAGCUGGUUGGAGGCACAGGAAGAACGGCUGAAGAUGCUACAAAAACCUGAAAGUGCUGUCUCCAUGGAGAAGCUGCUACUGGACUGCCAGGAUAUAGAAAAUCAGCUUGCCAUGAAAUCUAAAGCUCUGGAUGAGUUGAGACAAAGUUCUCUGACAAUGGAUGGUGGAGACAUGCCGUUGCUAGAGGACAUGGUGUCUGGAAUUGAUGAGCUGUUUCAAAAGAAGAAUAAUGUGACCAGCCAGGUCCACCAGCUCAGAACCUCUGUGCAGUCAGCGCUGCAGGAGUGGAAGACCUGUGACAAGCUCUACGAUGAGACCAGCAUGAGGACAACCCAACUCAUGUACUCCAUGGAGCACAGCAAGCCUGUGGUUUUAUCAUUGCAGGCCUUGGAGUGCCAGGUUCAGAACCUUGAGGCCCUUCAGGAUGAAGCUGAGAGUGGGGAACGGAGCUGGGAGAAACUGCAGGAGGUCAUUUGCAGGCUCAAAGAUUCCUGCCCCUCCAUUGCUGGCAUAAUUGAAGAGAAGUGCCAGGAUGCUCAUUCGAGGUGGACCCAGGUGAACCAAGACCUCGCAGACCAGUUGCAGGAGGCCCGUGGUCAGCUGCAGCUCUGGAAGGCUCCUCACAACACUCACAUAGAAUCGGCAGGCUGGCUGCAGCAGCAGGAAGCCAAGUUCCAACAGCUCGCCAACACCAAUAUGACAGGAAACAACCUGGCAGACAUCCUGCCACGGGCCCUGAAGGACAUAAAGGGGCUGCAGCGUGACCUGCAGAAGACCAAAGAGGCCUUCCUUGAAAAUUCCACCCUUUCAGAUCGGCUGCCACAGCCCGCAGAUUGCAGCACCACUGGGCUCCAUUCUGGACAGCGGCACUCCCUCCAGACAGCUGCGUAUUUAGAAAAAAUGCUGCUGGUGAAAUCAAAUGAGUUUCAGAUUGUUCUGGCACAGUUUAAGGAUUUUUCGGACCGGCUGGCAUAUUCAAAAGACCUUAUUAUGCAUGAGGAAGAAAAUUUGAAUAAACUUUACCACGAAGAGAAAGAAGAAGUUCCUAACCUGUUCCUGAACCAUGUGCUGGCACUGACAGCCCAGUCACCUGACAUUGAACGCUUGAAUGAAGAGAGCCUUAGGCUCCCCCUCAGUGAUAUAACAAUAAAAACAUUACAGAACGUGAACCGGCAGUGGAUCCGGGCCACGGCCACAGCGUUGGACCACUACAGCAAACUUCAGGGAAAUGGGUUGAAUGAAAAGUUCCUUCAUUACUGUGAAAAAUGGAUCCAAGUUCUGGAGAAGAUCCAAGAGUCACUUGCAGUGGAUGUGGCCCACAGCCUCCCUGCUCUCCUGGAGCAACAGAAAACCUAUGAGAUAUUAGAAGCUGAAGUGUCUAUAAACCAGACAGUUGCUGAUGCUUACGUGGCCCAGUCCUUACAACUCCUGGACACAGCAGAAAUAGAGAAGAGACCAGAAUUUGUCUCGGGAUUCUCAAAACUGUCAGACCAAUGGCAGAGGGCUGCCCGGGGUGUUCAGCAGAGGAAGUGUGACAUCAGCAGGCUGGUGACACAGUGGCGGUUCUUUACCACCUCUGUGGAGGACUUGCUCCGGUUCCUCACUGACACCGGCCACCUACUGUCUGCAGUGAAGGAGCAGGAAUGUUACAGCCUCUGCCAAACCAGGCGCCUAAUCCACGAGCUGAAGAGCAAAGAGAUCCACGUUCAGAGGUGGCGAACAACCUACGAACUGGCCUUGGAAGCUGGGGAGAAGCUACGGGACACAUCCAACCCAGAAACUAGAGAAUUCAUAGACAGACAAACCAGCAGGCUUCAGGACACCUGGAGGGACACUGAGCUUAGCCUGGGAGAGAUGAUCAGCCGGCUUCAGAGCACCGCAGAGACCUGGGACCAGUGUAAAAAGAAAAUCAAGAAGCUGAAAAAAAGGCUGCAAGUUCUGAAAGCACAAAGCAGAGAUCCCCUUCCUGAACUCCACGAGGCCCUCCAUGAAGAGAAAGAGCUGACUAAGGAAGUAGAGAACUCUCUGGCUAACUGGACACACAGCUUGAAAGAACUUCAAACUAUGAAGGCCGACUUGAGCCAGCACAUCCUGGCGGAGGACGUGACAGUUCUGAAGGAGCAGAUCGAGCUUUUGCACAGACAAUGGGAGGACCUCUGCCUGAGAGUGGCUAUCCGCAAGCAGGAGAUUGAAGACAGACUCAAUUCAUGGAUCGUGUUCAAUGAGAAAAAUAAAGAACUGUGUGCUUGGCUGGUCCAGAUGGAAAACAAAGUUCUACAGACAGCAGAUGUCAGCAUUGAAGAAAUGAUUGAAAAGUUACAGAAAGACUGUAUGGAAGAAAUCAGCUUGUUCACAGAGAACAAGCUGCAGCUGAAGCAGAUGGGUGACCAGUUGAUCCAGGCCAGCAGCAAGGCCAAGGCGACUGAGAUGGAGGAGAAGCUCAGCAAGAUCAACGACCGCUGGCAGCAUCUUUUUGACGUCAUCGGAUCAAGAGUGAAGAAGCUGAAGGAGACGUUUGCUUUCAUUCAGCAGUUAGACAAAAACAUGAGCAACCUUCGCACCUGGUUGGCUCGCAUCGAGUCUGAGCUCUCCAAGCCAGUUGUCUACGACGUCUGUGAUAACCAGGAGAUCCAGAAGAGGCUUGCUGAACAGCAGGAUCUGCAGCGAGAUAUUGAACAACACAGUGCUGGGGUGGAGUCUGUGUUCAAUAUCUGUGACGUCCUUCUGCAUGACUCUGACGCCUGUGCCAAUGAGACAGAGUGUGACUCAAUCCAGCAGACCACCAGGAGCCUGGACAGGCGCUGGAGGAACAUUUGCGCCAUGUCAAUGGAGCGGCGCAUGAAAAUCGAGGAGACCUGGCGGCUGUGGCAGAAGUUUCUAGAUGACUAUUCCCGCUUCGAGGACUGGCUCAAGUCUGCCGAGAGGACAGCAGCUUGCCCUAAUUCCUCUGAGGUGUUGUAUACAAAUGCCAAAGAGGAGCUGAAGCGGUUCGAGGCCUUUCAGCGGCAGAUUCAUGAAAGACUGACCCAGCUGGAGCUCAUCAACAAACAGUACCGGCGGCUGGCUCGAGAGAACCGCACUGACACAGCCAGCAAGCUGAAGCAGAUGGUGCAUGAGGGCAACCAGCGUUGGGACAAUCUGCAGAAGCGGGUCACAGCCAUCCUACGGAGACUCAGGUACUUCACCAAUCAGAGGGAAGAGUUUGAGGGCACCAGGGAGAGCAUUCUGGUUUGGCUCACGGAAAUGGACCUGCAGCUGACCAACGUAGAACACUUCUCAGAGAGUGAUGCCGAGGACAAGAUGCGCCAACUGAACGGCUUCCAACAGGAGAUCACACUGAACACCAACAAGAUUGACCAGCUCAUCGUGUUUGGGGAGCAGCUCAUCCAGAAGAGUGAGCCCCUGGACGCCGUCCUGAUCGAGGAUGAGCUGGAGGAGCUGCACCGCUACUGUCAGGAGGUGUUCGGCAGAGUGUCUCGCUUCCACCGCCGCCUGACCUCCCACACCCCGGGCUUAGAUGAUGAGAAGGAGGCGUCUGAGAACGAGACCGACAUAGAAGACCCCAGGGAGAUCCAGGCUGACUCUUGGCGCAGGAGGAGAGAGAGCGAGGAGCCCACAUCUCCCCAGUCACUGUGUCACCUUGUGCCCCCGGCUCUGGGACACGAGCGGUCUGGCUGUGAGACCCCCGUCAGUGUGGACUCUAUCCCUCUGGAGUGGGAUCACACAGGUGAUGUGGGGGGAUCAUCUUCUCACGAAGACGACGAGGAGGGCCCAUUCUACAGCGCACUGUCAGAUGUAGAAAUCCCUGAAAAUCCUGAGGCUUAUCUUAAAAUGACCACAAAAUCUUUGAAAGCAUCUUCUGGUAAAUCCAUUUCUGAGGGCCACCCGUGGCAUGUUCCCGACAGCCCUUCCCAUUCCAAGCAUCACUACAAACACAUGGAAGGUGACAGGACUGUGGCACCGGUCCCCGCAGAUGCCAGCACACCUUACAAACCAGCCUAUGUGAAGCUGCUAUUACAUCAAGGCACCGAUGACAGCAAAGAAGGCUUAAAGGAGGCUCACCAGGAAGAUGAGCAGCUGGCCACUUUAACCGGACAGCAGCCAGGUGCCUUUGACAGGUGGGAGCUGAUUCAAGCACAGGAGCUUCACAGCCAGCUCAGGUUAAAACAGAACAUGCAGCAGCUGAAUUCUGAUAUCGGCAGCAUCAUGGCGUGGCUUGAAAAAACUCAAGCAGAGUUGGAAGCUCUGAAGCUGGCAGAGCCUCCCUCCAAUAUCCAGGAAAUGGCACUCAGGGUGAAGAGACUGCAAGAGAUACUAAAAGCCUUCGAUACCUACAAGGCCUUAAUGGUCUCCGUCAAUGUGAGCCACAAAGAAUAUCUGCCAAGCCAGAGCCCUGAAGCCACAGAACUCCAAAACAGGCUCCAUCAGCUGAGCCUGUCCUGGGACUCAGUCCAGGGCGUAAUGGACAGCUGGCGAGGAGACUUACGACAGUCACUCAUGCAGUGCCAGGAUUUUCACCAACUGAGUCAAGACUUGCUUCUGUGGCUAGCGAGUGCAGAGAGCCGCAGGCAGAAGGCGCAUGUCACCAGCCCAGAGGCUGACUGCCAGGUCCUCCUGGAGUGUCAGAAAGAGUUAAUGUGCCUGGAAAAGGAGUUGAUAGCCUGUCAGCCUCAAGUCAGCUCCUUGCAGGAGAUCUCCUCCAGCCUUCUGGUUAAGGGGCAUGGAGAAGACUACAUUGAGGCCGAAGAGAAGGUCCACGUAAUUGAGAAGAAACUCAAACAGCUGCGAGAGCAAGUGGCUCAAGAUCUGAUGUCCUUGCAGGGAAGCCUGAAUCCAGACGCCUCUUUGACCAGCUUUGAUGAGGUGGACUCCGGGACACAGCUUCCAGCAGCCUUUGCAAAGUUUGGAGAAGAAGAGGAAGAGGAAGAGGGAGAGGAGGCAGACAGCAGGAUGCCCCCCCUCAACAGCCCCAGCAGCUCCCAGCCAAGGCGCUCCUUCCUCUCGAGGGUGAUCAGGGCAGCCCUGCCACUGCAGCUGCUCCUGCUGCUGCUGCUGCUCCUGGCCUGCCUGCUGCCUGCCUCUGAAGAUGACUACAGCUGCACCCAGGCCAACAACUUUGCCCGCUCCUUCUACCCCAUGCUGCGGUACACCAAUGGGCCGCCUCCCACCUAGAGGGUUCCGCCACCUGCAGUGUCCACAGCCUGCUGGCCACAGGGCUCAGCUCGUGACUCUCAGCCUUGACACGGUCCAGGGACUUCCUGCAGACACCUCCCUCCUCUUGUCCAAGUGGACUCUGGGAGCCCCGGGACAUCUCAGACAAGACGUCCUUCUGCUGGGACAGAGAAUCAAGUACAACAGGACCUGGCAUUCAAAUAAAGUUACUAGAUGGGUUCAGAGAACUCCAGAAAAGGGAGGGGUGCUUCCGAAGAGCCACACGCUUCGGAAAACACUGUUUUUGUAGCACAGCCUGUAAGGCCCAUGAACAAUGAUGUUCAGCACAUAAAUGAACUAUACUCAAGAAGCUAGUAGGCCCCUACCUUAGCAAUGGUUUGGGAAUUCCUGUGCACUGAGCUGAUUGGUUGAUUCAAAUACAUUUUAAAUAUUUAGAAUCAAUUUUCCUCCAAUCAGCUAGUAGUCUAUACUUCCCUGGUUAUAAACCAAAAUCUCCCAUUCAGUACCCAGGUCAGCUCUUUUACACUGCAUUAAAAAUUUCUAAGGAAAUUUUAUUGCAUGGAUGUCAUUAUUUGUGCAUAUUUUUUAACAAUGCUGAAUCUGUGUGUAUAAUGUAAACUUUGAUUUAAACAAAGAAAACCAACAGA